AUGAACCAAGAUAGCAGUCCACUUUACUAUGGAAGGACGGUAAACAAAGUUUAUAACCAAGAAUUUAUCAUUGAUCGUCGAUUCAAAAUCAUCAAAGAGUUGGGCCAUGGAGCUUAUGGAAUAGUGUGCUCUGCCAAAUACGAUGAUGGGUCAGAGAACACAAUGCCUGACGACAACAACAACAACAACAACGACAACAACUUAUCUUCUUCUGCCAAUGGGUCUUAUGUUGCUAUAAAGAAAAUUACCAACAUUUUUAGUAAAAAAAUAUUGUGUAAGAGAGCUUUACGUGAAAUAAAGCUCCUCCAGUUUUUCCGAGGUCACAAGAAUAUAACAUGCUUGUACGAUUUGGAUGUAAUACCUAAUCCUUUAUCAGGCGAUUUCAACGAAAUUUACCUAUAUGAGGAGUUAAUGGAGUGUGAUAUGCACCAAAUUAUAAGAUCGGGCCAGCCGCUUACGGAUCUGCACUAUCAAUCAUUCAUAUACCAAAUUCUUUGUGGACUCAAAUAUAUCCACUCCGCCGAUGUACUACAUCGAGAUUUGAAACCGGGGAAUCUCUUGGUCAAUGCCGACUGUGAAUUGAAAAUCUGUGAUUUUGGUCUUGCAAGAGGAUUUUCAGAAAACCCUGAACAAAAUCAGGGCUUUAUGACAGAGUAUGUGGCAACUCGAUGGUAUAGAGCUCCGGAAAUUAUGUUGAGUUUCACAAAUUACACAAAGGCUAUAGAUGUAUGGUCUGUGGGAUGUAUACUUGCUGAACUUUUAGGAGGAAAACCCAUUUUUAGAGGUAAGGACUAUGUGGACCAGCUCAACCAAAUAUUGAUGAUAUUGGGAACACCCCCAGAAUCAACCUUGGUGAAAAUCGGCUCUCAAAGAGCUCAAAGCUAUGUGAGAUCAUUACCUUUUAUGAAAAAAAUAAGUUAUGAACACUUGUUUCCAAAUGCGAAUCCUCUUGCAUUAGACUUGUUGGAGAAAAUGUUGUCUUUGGAUCCCCACAAGAGAAUUAGCGUGAAUGAAGCUUUGAAUCACGAAUACCUAGAAGUCUGGCACGACCCAAGAGAUGAGCCAGAGUGUCAGAUCAAAUUUGAUUUUAAAACGUUUGAAACGUGUGACGAGUUGAUUGAGAUGAAACAAUUAAUAAUUAAGGAGGUAAAAAACUUUAGAGAAUUUGUCAGAAAACCAAUAGAGGAGCAACAACAAAUCCAACUACAGUUUCAGUUGGAGGAGAAGAAAAAGCAAGAGCAAAUACAAGAGCAAGAGCAAAUACAAGAGCAACAAAAGCAAGAAUUUGAACGAAAUAGAAAAAUAGAGAUUGAUUACCACAGCAAUGAACGUGGACUCGGUCCAAGUAACGUUUUGAUUGAUGUUCUCCCGUCUCAAACGCGAGACGCAGAUUAUCCUAAGCCGCAGGAAUUGAACGAUUUUUCCUACUCGAGUCUUGAGCUGGCAAAUCCUCAAGUUGAUCAAUAUGUAAGAGGAGAAAAAAGGGAUGACGAAAACUUUCAAGGUAUUGGAUUUGACUUUAACACAACCCCCUCAGGGACAGACUAUUAUAGACUAGAAGAAGAACUAGGAUUUGGAUUAGAUGGUAAUACCUUUGAUGAUUUUUCACAAAAAGAAAAAACACUAAAUAAUUAA